AUGGCACUUCGUGUUUUCUCGCAGUCUCUUCGUGCACGUGCUUUCAAGUCGGUUGCUCCUGCAGCCUGGCGUGCAACCUCGCAAUGUCCUGCAGGUCUUGCUUGCUUUUCGACCAAAUACACACCGCAACAUGAAUACGUGACGAUCAAUGGCAAGGAGGGCACCAUUGGGAUCACUGACUUUGCUCAGAACUCACUGGGUGACGUCGUGUACGUGGACCUUCCGGAAGUAGGUGACAAGUUGAAGAAGGGUGACGCUUUUGGUGCCGUAGAGUCUGUUAAGGCCGCGAGUGACGUGUACGCGCCUGCUACUGGCACAGUCACGGCUAUAAACGAGAAUUUGGCUGACGAACCGAAUCUCGUGAACGACGAGGCCAUGACUGGUGGCUGGUUUAUUAAACUGGAGCUGGACGACGUGUCGGACGUGGACGAUUUGCUGGAUGAGGCCGCCUACAAGGAGCACUGUGAAAAGGAAGAGCACUAA